GACCAAAAUGAUUAAUUUAUAUGAAUACCAUAACAAAAGGGCAGGCUUGCCUUCUGUUCCAAAUGGUAUCAAGAUUUCAACCACAACAAAGAUAAAGAUAAAGCUGGGAAGAUCUGAAAAAUAAUUAAAGAGUAGGAAUGAGCUAGAAAAACUAAAGCAAAAGCACAAAAGCUAUAAUAUAAGUGGCUUUUCUGAUUGGUGGGCAUUGUUUUGCUUUGAUGGAGUUGAGUACAAACCUGCAAAUUCUCACUGAGAGAGCAUGGGCUUUGCAUGACAAGAUCAGUGAUAUAAUACACCAGGACAGCAUCAGCUUCUGCACAUUGUGUUCACAGCACGGUCGCAAUUGUGAAAUUGAAGAAACCCCACAAGAGGAGAGGGAUAGAUUGAUUACCAUUAGAGAUUCACUCAAAGAUGUUGAGAACAUGCUUGUGUUUUUACAGUAUCUAUUGCAUGUACAGAAGUUGAAGUCAUGGCAGAUGAAAGAUCAGUAUGCAGCACUUGCACAUUUGGAGGAAACCAGAUUAAUCUUGAUGGAAAGGGUCACACAAUACCGGGGACGAGCACACAGCGUAAUUGAAGAGUUGAAUGCAUACUUUGGUGAUGGAAGAACUGCUUUUAAUUGGAAUUUGCAGAUGCAAAGGGAGAAAAAGAACGAUUUAUUGGGAAAUGAUAGAAUUUCUACUUCUCUUUUCAGCUGCAUUAGGAGUUUGAUCAAUCCAUGGAAUUGGCACAGCAUGGCCAGAACUGCCAUAAAGUUGAUUGUGAUUGCAAGCAUUUCCUCAACUAUUAAAUUUAAUCAAACCAGGCAAGAAAAUGGCGAAGAGCGUAGAAAAAUUAUUUCAAUUGUGGAUUCAACAAUGGGAGGAAAACAGGAUUUUUUAUUCACUGCUCCAAACAGUGCUUUAGAUGUCUCCUAUGGAAGGGGAUGAUUAGUUUACUACUUGUCUUGAGAAAUUAAAUGUCUGUCUAUGGAAGGUUUUUUCUUCUAUAUUUGUAUUUUGUACACACCACAAAUACAAGAUUUGAAAUGCUAACUAUA